AUGACCUCGCCUCGUCGUCAUCACAUCAUUUGGAGGUUGACGGUCGAACGUCGUCGCCGCUCGGACAUCUAUGGUGCGUCUUGCUGUCCUCAGAACUAUCUCGCCUUGACUGACAACGCCUUAAGAUGCGGCUGGCGUUGUUUACACCAUCUCGCCCUGACGGGUUCAUCACCUUUGUGCAUGAGGUCGCUUGCUGAAUACUAUACCUGCCACACCACCCAAAGCACUAUCACCAUUGGCGUCGUCGCCUUGGGCACAACGCCGACACCGAUAGCCAUCUGCACAUCGUGGCUUUCGUUCCAUCAUCGACAAUAUCUCCCCGUCUUGACUCGGCUCAAAUCAAUCCACUACGACAUCCAUCUUCGUCCUGAGGACACCACCAAAGUCUCGCCACGCUGGCGGUACCCAAUUCCCCGCCUUGCUGUCAGCAUGCGUCGACGACACCCCGUGUAUCAACGGCCUACCGCCAGUCCGUCGUCGGCCAACCUCUAUGGCCGGCGCACCUCAACACUUUCUCAUAAACAAGUCCUGGGAUGCUCGACGCCAGAAGCUGCGGGGGUUGUUCAGGAAGGAAUCGCUACAGCGACUGUGACAUGA